AUGAGCAUCAUCUCGCUGUCCUCCGGCACGGACUCCGUGGGCCACAUGGAUCGCGGCAGCAGCUCCAGUCUCGCUAGCAGCGCCACCGUUGGCACCAACACCAUCACCAGCGGCAUUUCCAAGGAGUGCGCCAAUUACCCCGUCGGCAGUCAGUCGGCCCGUCCAUACGUCCAACUUCCGGGCAUACACAUUUCCAACCCUCUCCAGUACGGGCCAGAGAAUAGGCAGGAAAUAGACGCUGGCAAAAUGGCGCACAACGGCAAGGCACUCACAGGGCGCUACAAUGCCACGCCCACCUAUGGCUUCGACAACGAGCAGAACUGCCUGUUGCCGUCUCCAAUGGCCCCUCCACCAUACGCCUUGGCACGCGUGAGCAGCACACGCAACUUCGAGCUCGAGAUCCACACACCGCCGGCAUGUCCCGGCUCUGGACCCAUUGCCAUGACGAACGGCACCAUCCAGUUGCGCCUCCGCGAUGGCGUGCGUCGCUAUGCCAAGAUGUGGUACAAGGGUGUGAGCUUCACCAGCGAGGCGUGCGCUCUCAUCUACCUGGUGGACACAGCCGGGACGCGCACCACAACCGACACUUUCACCGAUCUGACCAAGGACUACACCCUGGCAGUGUUCUAUGACGACUCGCGCCAUGGUCCCUCUUAUAUGGCUGAAGCCCAUGACGUGAUUGCCAAUUCAGCUUACACCUGUACCGAGGAUGGCACUGAGAUCUAUGACAUAAACGGAUUUCGCAUCACCCAGGCAGCCGAUGGCCUGGUGAAGGUCACUCGUGUGGACAACAAGUGCUUGAUUCGCACCAGUCCCGGCAAUGGAUCGGCCACUUUGACCACGCCUGGCAUCCAUUGCACUGCCUCUCUGGGCAAGACCUCGCAUCUUUGUUAUUGCAAAUCGGGAGCGCUUUCCUGCUCCCCCAAAUCAGUUGGCCAAAUCAGACCGAUCUCAAGCUGA